GCGGGGAGGGGUCGGGCUUCCAGCCGGGCCUUCCCACUGGUUGGCUAGGAGCGAGGCGGGCGCGGAAGUGGGCGUGGCCUCCACGCGAGCUGGGCUCCAGCCGCAAGCAUGGAGUCUCGGAGGAAGGUUUUGCAGCUUUUUAAAGCUUUGCACAGAACACGACAACAGGUGUUUAAAAAUGAUGUUGGAGCUCUAGAAGCUGCAAGGCAGAAGAUAAAUGAAGAAUUUAGAAAUAAUCAAGGCGAGAGAUCUUCUGAGAAAAUAGAGGAGCUAAUGAAAAUAGGUUUGGAUGUUGAAGUUAUACUGAGAACUUCUGUUAUUCAGGGAGUUCACACAGGUCCUGACAGAUUGCUGCUUAUACCCAGGAAAGAUCUGCUGCUAGACAACGUUCCUUAUCAUGACAUGCCAACACAAAAACACAAACCUUGAGAGAAUAAAGUAUAUUUCUUUUCUUUUUUUUUUCUCAGAGCAAGAUUAAUUUCCUAUAAUGAAAUCCCUGAAAACAGGUACCUGAUAUGUCUCCCUUCAGACUAAAUUUAGAAAAAUAUUGAAUCCUGUUGUUAGGAAAUAAAGAUUAAAACCAAUCCACUGAUUAUACUCAGAAUUAGGAGGGUAUAUUUGAGAGACAAGACUGAUGUCACUCAUUUCUGAAUGACCUUUUGCUUCACUGUAAGGGAUUACAUUUCCAUAGAAACUCAAAUUAUAUUUUAUUCUAAAAAUAUACUAGGUAUGCUACAUUAUCUUUGCAAGCACUGGCUAUUAUCAUUUCCGAUAAGCUGUACAUAAAAAUUUCAUAACAAUUCAGGAUUUUUACGAAACUAAACAAUAUUUACAGAAAGACUUUACAACUUGCAGCCCUAAAAAUAUGUAUUUGUAAAAUCAAUAACAAAGGUACACUGCUACAAAAUGACAAUGUGAAAAACUGUGCUAUGGGAUAUUGUUACCUUUUAAGUGUAUAAAUUGCACCACCAGUGUUUUCUGAAAUAACUUUACUGUAUGUCUAGUGUGUGAGAGGUUGAUUUGAGGCUCCUCAAAUAAAUUCUCUUCAACCUUUGCAGAUGGGGGGAAGUGGGUCUGUUGUUGAUCAUUAACAUGCAAAUACUAUUUUGGAUUAUUUGAAUUACUGGGGAGCAUAGAAAGUUGCCCAUUCCCAACAAGUCAUACUACAUUGAUUCUUAGAUCAUAAUGCUAAUAGACUUGCAUGUUAUGAUCAUAGACUAGUUUACAGAGGCAUUUCUCAAAAACAGGAUAGUUACGAAGUGGCAGAUGGCAGUAUCACAAGUAUAUAUAUGGAUCUUAUUGCUAGAGCAUAAUAAAUUAGAAUGACCUGGUUUCAUUGUUUCUAAUGAG